AGAUGAGCGCUCUCCUGGAGCAGAAGGAGCAGCAGGAGAGGCUGCGGGAGGCCGCGGCCUUGGGGGACAUUCGGGAGGUGCAGAAACUGGUGGAGAGCGGGGUGGAUGUGAACUCCCAAAAUGAGGUCAACGGCUGGACCUGUUUACACUGGGCAUGUAAACGCAAUCAUGGUCAGGUGGUCUCUUACUUGUUAAAAUCAGGAGCUGACAAAGAGAUUCUUACCACAAAGGGAGAAAUGCCAGUCCAAUUAACAUCAAGGAGAGAAAUUAGGAAGAUUAUGGGAGUGGAAGAUGAUGAUGAUGAUGACCAUGACCACCUCCCCCAGCUGAAGAAGGAGUCAGAGCUGCCCUUUGUUCCGAACUAUUUGGCCAACCCAGCCUUCCCUUUCAUCUAUACCCCUGGGUCGGAGGAUUCAGCCCAGCUGCAGAAUGGGGGCCCCUCCACACCUCCUGCAUCACCCCCUGCAGAUGGCUCGCCUCCAUUGCUGCCCCCUGGGGAACCUCCCCUGCUUGGGGCCUUUCCACGGGACCACACCUCUUUGGCACUGGUUCAGAAUGGGGAUGUGUCUGCCCCAUCUGCCAUACUCAGAACACCAGAAAGCACAAAACCGGGUCCUGUUUGUCAGCCACCGGUGAGUCAGAGUUGCUCCCUGUUCUCUUCUGUCCCGUCCAAGCCACCAAUGUCUCUGGAGCCUCAAAAUGGGACGUAUGCAGGACCAGCGCCAGCAUUCCAGCCAUUUUUCUUCACCGGAGCAUUUCCAUUUAAUGUGCAAGAGCUGGUACUCAAGGUGAGGAUUCAGAACCCAUCUCUUCGAGAAAAUGAUUUCAUUGAAAUUGAACUGGACCGACAGGAGCUCACCUACCAAGAAUUGCUCAGAGUGAGUUGCUGUGAGCUGGGUGUUAAUCCUGAUCAAGUGGAGAAGAUCAGAAAGUUACCCAAUACUCUGGUUAGAAAGGACAAAGAUGUUGCUCGACUCCAAGAUUUCCAGGAGCUGGAACUGGUUCUAAUGAUAAGUGAAAAUAAUUUUCUGUUCAGAAAUGCUGCAUCCACACUGACUGAAAGGCCUUGCUACAACAGGAGAGCUUCAAAACUGACUUACUAA